AUGACGGAUGAGCUGAUUUACAUCAAACACUUUAGAGUGCUGGGUGCGUUCUCUGCUGCAGCCAAAGUGUUCGUCACAAAACCACGAGAGAGAGUCCUCCUCGAGUGUGGGGUCUCCGACUUCAGAACCAGCCUGGUGUGGAAUCGUGAAGGUGCCCUGAUUUUCAACGUUGCUGGAAGGACUGGCACCAGUCGCAGAGGCAUAGGUGACAUUGUGUCAAGGUCAAGAAUCAUUCAAACAACAAAGCUGCAGAUAUCGCCUGUGAAGCUAGAAGAUGCUGGAAACUUCAUUUGCGAGGCAGAUAGGAAACGUCACGAACACACACUCCUUGUGGUCUCAGUGUCGGCCAGCCCCUCCACUGAGAUCCAGCAGGGCAGUGAGGCCACGCUCCUGUGUCAGGUAAAAGGUCUGAAACCAGGAUCUACAGUGAAGUGGAAGAGGCCAGGUGGUACAGACUCAGGGUCAGAGACUGUUCAACUCAAACCUGUAGCCCAGUCUGAUGCAGGAGUCUGGACCUGUUUGGUCUCCCAUGAUGGGGUGUCACACAGUGAGAGGCUAGAAAUCAAAGUUCAAGAACCUCGUCCUGAAACACCUGCACCACCCCCAACACAAGGCUCGAAGAACACCCCGAAGCAACCCUGCAAAAACUGCUCCGUACCCAGAGAUACCGAUACUCCAGCGCUGAUGUUGUUGGGGCUCAGCUGGUGGAUCUGGGUGGCAGUCGGAGUAGGCGUCCUGGUUAUGGUCCUCCUGAUAAUCCUUGUAAUUGUCUUGUGCAAGAGGAUCAAAAGAAAGAAGAGAAAACUUCGGAUGAUGAAGAAUGGCCGAAUCCCACUGAAGCCCAAGAAGUACUGCGAGUGUGACCACCCAGCAGCUGCAGCAAAACCGCGGCAAGGACGCCGGAGAGAGAAGCCAUCAGCUCUCCCUCUGCCACCCCUGCUAAUGGAGUGACAUGAAAGACGGAUCGAAGAAAGCAAAGAUAGACAGAAAGAAAGAGAGUGAGAGAGAAAGAGAAAGAGAGGACUAGAUAGAGAUAAAGAGAGAGCGACUGAAAGAGAACCACAGUGUGAAUAUGGCAUGAAUGUAAAUGGGCUUUUGAAUGCUGGAGAUGAAAAUAAAAAUCAAAUGUAAUGAUGUGGGCACUUUGAGCUUUUCCACCAAUAUAACCAGUGAACUGAAUGCAAAUAGGCUUCUCCACUGCAACAGAGAGCAGCAACCGUCUGUACUUACUUUUGACAUUUAUGCAGCAUAUUGACAUGUUAAGAUCAUCCUGGAAUACAGCAUUGUCUGUACUAUAUACUGUGCUUUCAAUUUAAUUCAGCUGAUUUCAGCAUAUUUUCUGUAUUGUGUUUAUUUGUAUUUGAUAGAUGCCUAUGUAUACUUUGUCUUUAGCUUUUAAAUGAAAAUGUUAUUGAAAUGUAUUGAAGUUUUAUGUCUUUUUUGUCCUCAGACAAUAAACUAUAAGGAUACCCAACUGCACAGUCUGCAUUUUCCAGCAUUGUAAAACAGACAGGGGAGGCUUGUUUAAAAAUGAAUUAUUUGCAGUUAACUUGAUGGA